UUUACGAAUGUAGGUCGUUCACCGACCGAAGAUUCCUUCCGCAUCUCUGCGGAUUAGGGCUGGAAUAACUUACGCUUUGCUUUCAUCUUCGACGACGGAUGAUUUCCAGCUAUUGCACUCUCAAAAAGAUCGCAAGAUGGGUAAAAUCCAGGUCGUGCAGGAUAUUGCGCGGGAGAUAUUUGUGAAGGAAUACCUACGGCGCGGAGUUCCAUGCCUGUUCAAGUCUCAGUUCAGACACCUUCCGGCUCUAAAAAAAUGGAUGGUAGCAUCCGACAAGAGUAGCGACGGACAGGCGACGACAGCACCAGCAGCAUCGCUAAACUUGAGAUAUUUUAUGAAGUUGAUUGACGGGAAUGGACGGGAUCCGUUUGUGGAUGUUGAAACGGGUCGGUUUAAUCCGAAUGCUCCGCAGCCUGCUCCAGAUAACUUCACGCCGCCGACGCAGACGGUGAUUCAGCAGACUGAUUUUACAAGGACCGAAGUUCCGCUGUCGCUGUUUCUGAAAUUGCAUUCAGCUGAAGCAGGACAGGUUCCCGAGCAGUUUAGAAAUAUCUACCUUGCGCAGACUCCGCUGCUCGAGACGCUUCCCGCGCUGAAGGACGACUUUGUGCCGAGGCCGGUGUACCUUCCUGUUGAGACCGAGAAGCACGUAUACGGCUGCAGCGCGUGGAUCGGGCGCAAGACGUUCACGCCACGGCACUUUGAUCCGAAUGAGAAUCUGUACGUGAUGGUCGCGGGUAGGAAGCGGGUUACGCUGUGGAAGCCCGAGUACGAUACGAAGGAUACGGAGACGUCUGAUAUGGAGAAGUUGAACAAGAAUCGCAAGAGAGGGAUUUUGGGGAACAGAAAUUUCGGCGAACCGAAAGCGGGAGAGGCUGCGUAUGAUUCGUGUAUUUUAGAACCGGGCGAUGGACUAUUUAUUCCGGAGAGAUGGUGGCAUGAGGUUGAGAGUAUAGGGGAUGAUGUUUCGGCCAGUGUGAAUUGGUGGUUUAGAGAGCCCACGGAAAAGCGAUGAUAGACCAAGAACUUCUCGAUUGUAAAUAAACCGCAUAUUCUAUACAGUAUACAGACGAUUUCCUAGCAUCAUACCAGGAAGAUACAGAUCGAUACAAACAUAUAACAUAUAUCACAAGCUCAGCCUACAUUAUCAGACUAAUCCCGACCCUUUUCAAUCGAGAACUUCCGCCCACCCUUCUUUUUGAACUCGGUCGCCAACACGCCCUUGCCAUGCAGCAUGCGCAUCUCGUCACCACCGCCGAGACUCUUG